CGUUUUUUUUUUUUAAUUCUUUCUUCCAAGACAAGACUUCGAAUCUGGCGGGACAAGUCAGUAAGAGUUAGAGGCUUCAUUUAGAUUCCAAGUUUACAAGAUAAUUAACUGUAAAUGCCUUAAAAUGGUGAAAAUUUAUUUCUGCAUACAUCCACAGCACUAGAACUGUCAAUUUCCCAUUUAAAGGGUUUUCAAUAUUUUCUAUCGUUUUUAUCGGUUGAUAUCUUUCUUCACUCUCUCUCAGUGAUUCGCUUGCUUCUUUUCUGUAAGAAUCAUAGAUGCAACUAUUAGCUUCUGCUAGCCCAUGUCCUAUUGGCAGUCUUUUUCUUGCGAGGAUGACGGCCACUUCGAUUCUGCUUUGAUCUCGUAUUUUGUCAAAACCCUAAAUGAGAGUUCUUUUACAUGUCGAUAAAAAUUCUUGUCUAUCAAUUCCUAAUGGAUCUAUCAAUUUCAUGGGAAAAUAGAUGUUACUUUCUCAAGUUUACACGAGACAGACUCCAAAAAAUUUCGGCUGUUUCUUCAUGAUUGAAGAGAAGAAGCAAGCUGCUGCUGAUGUAUUGUUCAACUAUUCCAAAUUUGUAAUGGCAUGUAUUGGAAAUGGGGUUCGCCCUUGUGACAUGAGGUUGCAUUUGAUGAAGGAGAUUUCAGGUAUGCCAACAUCUUUGAAGAGGGAUUCUUUCCAGGCAGCAGGUUCUCCUGAUGCGAUGGGUGAAUCAUCAAGCUCCGGUACAGCUAGAACUGAUAGACCAGAUAGUUCUCGAGCACUGUGACUACGAGGGG